ACCCUGGGUCGCGUUCCCCUCCUUGACCCUGUUUGGGUUUUGGACGCCUGUCGACUGGCGGCUGGCCGGGAACCGGUUGUCGUCGCUGCCACAGAUGUGCCGGCUGAAGUCUGCGACUUGCCGCUGCAUCUUUUGAAGGUCAACCGUGAGGCCUAUGAACUCAACCGCGGAUUGGAUCGUCUGUCGAAUCAACUUAUACCUGCGUACGUUCUGUCAAUCCGGUAUCCGGUAUGCCUGUUGGUACUUCACUCCUCGUAG